GACGAUGACUAGUACCGAAUAAUUGCGACAACCACAAUGAUCACUGAACACUACUGCUCAAUCAUUGCAUUCUCAACACAGGAUGCCUAGUUCACAUGCAUCCUGCAGUCACGUCGCACGUCCGACAAAGCGCCGACUUGGAGGUAAGUAUGUUCUACCAAUUCCUUUGAGCAUUCAAAUGUUUUUUUAUGCAGGUUCGUGAUGUGGAUGUGGCAUCGAUGAGUCUGUUUGGUGCGAAUGCACAGUGCGGCAAAUCAGGAUGCCAGGCUGCUGACAGGAAUACUGAGCUCAGUGUACUCAGUCACCGAUGACGUCGACGACAUACUAUGUCUUUUUUUUCGACCUGUGAUUGGUCCCCCGCCGCAAUGUCGAAAAAUGAUAAAAAGCGGUCGCCAGCCAGGACGAACUGCAGUAUCCCUCUUCCUUCUUUCUCUCCCCAUCGCUAUCAGAAUUACAAUACGUUCUUUACAUCCACAUAUCUAGCAUCAUGGUCCAACUAGCCCCUCGAUUCGCCGCCCUACUCGCCUUUUGUUUCCUUGCAUCCGCUACUCCCCUCUUUUCCUCUACUAUCACUCCGUACGCGUCUGUCAGCGCAGGCUUGGUCCAGCCUACUCCGAGUCAGGGCCCCAACGGGGCUCACGCCAAUCACACCAAUAGGGAUGUCUCUGUCGUUUUCUACAACAAUACCCUACUCGUCAACAACCCUACUCAGGGCUAUAAUGGGAAUGGGACUCACUCCAACCGCACCGCUAGGGCUGUCGCUGUCACCAACAAACACCCCGUAUACAUCGUUGAACCCCAUUCCCACGAACAGGCUCAGGGACAAGAUCCGAUUACCCCCGGCGUGCAGAACACCCCCAGCCUGCAACAUGACGUUGUCGUGGACAAGAACGCCCAAGUACAGUCCAGUCAGAGCCCAACGCAGUCCCAUAGCAAAGCUGCUAGUGCCAAGCCUACUCAAAGCAAGGCCAAGAGGACCGAUGAUGGUCAGUACCACCCGAAUCCCACAUACGACAACGGCCAGUACCACCCGAACCCCACGUUUAACAAUGGGCAGUACACUCCCACUCCCACUGUCUCUCCCACAAACACAGGUGCGACCACUACCAGCCCCAGCCCCACUUCCACCGCGACGUAUGACGACGGAUUGUACCAUCCCAAUACAGCCUACGAUGAUGGCCAGUAUCAUCCCAAUACAGCCUACGAUGAUGGUCAAUACCAUCCCAAUGCUGCUCUCAACCCUGUAAACGCUGCUGUCGCGAACCCCGUCCCCACUGCGGCUCCCGGCGGACUCUCGCCUUUGGUGGAUACCAUACUCAAUUCAGUACCCGGCAAUGGAAAUGCAACCACCUCCCAAACGGACUCCACCGCCCCCGCAACCACCCAUUCGUCAACUCCAGCGACGAUUGCCUCCUCUACAUCUGCAACGGGGACGGCCACUGCUUCCUCUGCAACCACUACCACGACAGCAGGCGACCCUACCGAGACUGCAGUCCGCACCGUAGCCGGCACUGGCAAACGCAUGGACGAUGGCCAGUACCACCCUGAUUCGAAGCUUGACGACGGCCGGUACCAUCCCAAUCCUAUGUUCAACGACGGUAAGUAUCACGCCAGCUCCACUGGAGGCAAACGUUCGGACGAUGGCCAGUACCACCCUGAUCCAAAGUUGAACGACGGUCAGUACCAUCCCGAUCCCAAGAUCGACGACGGCAAGUACCAUCCGGGGAAGCACAAUGAGAGGAGGGGGUUGACGCAUCAGGACAAGGUGCGCACUGCCAGGAAAAGAGCUGUGCAAUACUAGGCAUUAGGAAGUUGUAGGCGCUCCUUAUCAGACUUUUGAUGCAAAUGCCACUCUUUCACAUAAAAUCUUACGUUCUCUUUCACUC